AUGGAUUGCGCGGCGGGGCCAUUACGACGGGCUGCAGGAGCCGCGGGAGAGGCCGGUUGUCGAGGGGAGUUGUUCACCGUCGCAAAGGGCAGGAGGGCGGGGACCCGCACGAGAGCGCCGGCGGGCGCCCUUCGAAGGAGGGCUUGGGGCGCGGCGAGGAGGCAGCGGAGCCAGGGAACAAUCUGGGGGGGGAUUGGGGACGCGAUGCUCACCGGCUGUAUUCAAGGGGCUGCGGGUGGAAAUGGGCUUGCGCAGGGCGGACAUCGCCGGGAGGGCUUUGCACGGGUCGGGAGCUCGCGAUGGAUCUCUAUCGGUGCGAGCUCCGGGGAUUCGCCGGCAACCGACGGCCAGCGCCGGCGCACGAGGGUCAGCAGAAAGUCGAAGAAGCGGGGCGCAAAUAAUGACACUUUCACCGCCAGCGGCGCGCCAAAAGGCCCCCCCGAAGUUCCAUGCACGGAAGAGCGUCCCGCAAGCGCCAGUCCCACAGCGGCGGGCGCGCAGUCGGCGGCGCCCAAGUCGGUAAGCAGAAAGGCACUGGUCAUUGACCCCCGCGGGGAUGCCGACAGGCCAACCGGCAUCAGGCCCGAGCUCCUGCGCUUCCUGCAGUCGUCCCUAGGCAUCAAUCCGGGCGACGCGGCGGACAUGGUCCGCAGGGCGAUCGACUGGUGGCGUGACGUGGGCAGCCAGCGCGAGGGGCGCCGGGCGUUACACCCGGGCGACUUCAACGAGCGUCACGCAGAGGCGUCACUCCUGUUCCUGGCUGGGCGCGGCGUGGCAGUGAAGGAUUUGAGGGGCAUCGUGAGCCGCUGCCCUGAGCUGCUGGACGCGGAUGUGAAGGACCUGUCGCCGUUGAUCGGCCUGCUGGAGGGACUGAAGAUCAAGGGGCGGGCAUUAGGCAAGGUGCUGGCAGGGCACCCGGAGGUGAUGCUGCAGGGCGACUGGCGGACGAUCGCCAAGGUGGUGGAGGUGCUGCGACGACUGGGUGUGCACGAGGACCAGGUGAGGCACACCGUGGCCGCCUUCCCGCCGCUUCUGUGCAUCCGGAUCGAGGACCUGAGGGACAACAGCUACGCGCUGGCGGACCUGAUCGUCAAGGAGGACGACCUGGUGCCGCUGGUGGCCAAGCACCCCAGCCUUCUCAACCACCCGAGGCAGGCGUUCGAGGCAGUCUGCAAGGCCCUGGCCCCAGGUGGCGUAGAAGAAGCCCAGGUCCGUGCGAUGAUCCAAAAAGAGCCACGGAUCCUGGUCAAGACUGUUGGGACGAUGGAGGCCAUCGUCAAGCACUUCCUUGAGGGUGGGCUCAGCAAGGUUGAGUUGGGUGCCUUGCUGUCGAAGGAUCCCAAGCUGCUGUUGUGCAGGUAUGCAACCAUCCAGUCAAAGACACACUUUCUCAUGCAUGUUGUGAAACGGCCCAUCAGCGACGUCAUGUCAUUCCCUGCGUACUACUACUAUUCAUUAUCCAGGAGAAUCGGCCCCAGGUUCAUGUUCCUUUCGCGGCGAAUGGAAAAGCCAGCUGUGGAUUCCCUGGGUCUGCAGGAUAUUCUGCAGUGUGACGAUGACACCUUUGCGGAGGAACUGGUGGGCGCUCUGUUCGAAGAGUACAAAGUGUUUCAGGCUCAGUGGCAGAGGCUGCAGGGUGCGCGCCUGCCCAUCAUCAGGGGACGCGAACCGAAGCACAGAAACGGCGGGGGCGCAAUUGAAGCGAUGGUUCGAAUGGAUCAGAAGAAAUUGUCUAUCUGA